AAUUAAAAAAAAUUAUAUUUUAGAAAAAGGGAAGCUUCACAAGCACAUCACAAGAAAAUUAGAGCCAGCCAGCCCCCACCUGGGUCUUCUGGUUUUCGUGAAUUGAAUGAGACCAAAAGGAUGCCACUGCUCUCUCUCUUCACAAAUAUAAAGGAAAGAAUGGGUGUGAAGAUUUCUUGCAACUUCCGCAACCCACCUUCUCCUUCCUCUCUUUUUCUCAAUCCUCAGUCUGUUUUGAUUUGACACCCUGACUCCAAGUUCUUAAGGCUUCAAAAAACCUCCCAAACCUAAAGCACAACCUUUUUUUCUUUUGAUUCUUUUAUGAUAAUUGACCCUUUUGCAAAUAUCAUCUGCCUAACCAAUAUAAAGACUUCGAAUUUUUUUUUCUCUGAUCAAAGAUCCAAGACAUAUGAGUUUUUUGUUUGAUCUCUCAUCUCGUCAUGUGUAUUGAUCAGGGGGAAUCUUGUAUUGGAGGCCUUGGUUCUCCAUGGGAGAAACCCCAGCAUUCUGUGUUGACAGUCCACAAAAUGGAUUUUCAAACGGAUUUGGUUUAAAAUCCAAAGGCUUUGAGACCUCUACCGACGUUGGUGACAAAACGUUUGUGAUUGGUGGGGCAAACAAUGAUUCCGCAUCAUCUAUUGGGGUUCAAAUUUUCGACAAAUCUACAGGAAACUGGGUGAUUCCUACAGUGCUGGGAACAAAACCAAAGCCAUGUAAAGGCAAUUCAGCUGUUCUUUUGAAUGAAGAUCGGAUAAUGAUUAUUAUUAGGGGUUCCGCCCCAGAUGACUGCAUUUGGUUUCUUGAGGUGGACACCAAGUAUGUUAAGGAUAAGAAAAAAGUUUUGGGGACUGAAGUUGUUGCCUGGAGUAAGGGUGUGAGGGGUGAUGCUGAAAAGCCUGUGGUUAUCAGCGGUCCUUCUGGAGUUGGUAAGGGGACAUUAAUAAACAUGCUCAUGAAGGAAUUCCCAUCCAUGUUUGGAUUCUCUGUCAGCCACACAACCCGUGCACCAAGGGGCAUGGAGAAGAAUGGAGUUCAUUACCAUUUUACUGAGCGUAGUGUAAUGGACAAAGAUAUAAAAGAUGGGAAAUUCCUUGAGUUUGCUUCUGUUCAUGGGAAUCUCUAUGGAACCAGUAUUGAAGCAGUUGAGGCAGUAGCAGACUCUGGAAAGAGGUGCAUUCUUGACAUUGAUGUUCAAGGAGCAAGGUCUGUGAGGGCCAGCUCUCUUGAUGCUGUUUUCAUCUUUGUCUGUCCACCUUCAAUGAGGAAGCUUGAAGAGCGACUCCGUGCAAGGGGGACUGAGACAGAGGAGCAAAUCAAAAAGCGUCUACGAAAUGCCAAGGCAGAAAUUGAGCAAGGGAAAUCCUCAGGCAUCUUUGACCAUAUAUUAGUUAAUGAUAAUCUUGAUGAUUGUUACGAGAAUCUUAAGGAACUCCUGGGUCUAGAUGGAAGUACACCAACUAAUCAUAAACCAUCAUCCAAAGGGAUUGAUCUGCCUUUGAACCAUUUGGUGUCAAAAAUCGAUAAUAAGAUCCUCAUUAAACGUGAGACUCCAGAAUUGGGAAAUGCAUCAAAGAACUUGAUUGUACUGGAUGUGUCCUCGCUUAGAGGUGGGGCUCCUGGUCGGACAAGAGGACUAAAUAUCUAUGCCAUUGAUUCAUUUUCAGAUGGCUUGAAUGGGAUUCAUAAACUGAGCCAACGACUGCAACACUAUUGAUACGGACAUGGUUUUAAGCUUUUCUAUAUAUCUUAAGGGAAUUAUGGUAAAGCUCUAGUUGUCUUGUAAGAUCAUUGCAUGAGUUGGGUUUUCUUUUUCACUCAAUUCUUUACUUGUUUUAAGAACCAAAAGUGUAGGAACUGAACAAUUACUAUUCCCACAUGGGCAAUGAGAGAGAAUUCACGAUUUGUGCGGCAAUCAAUAGAAUUAUGUUUGUCCUAAUAUGAAGAGUAGGUGAAUUAGUAAGUUCCUUUGUCUCAAUAGCAAGUGAUUUUGGGUUUUAGUCUUAUGGGUGGUCUUUUAUUAGGAUCAUUCUCGAGGACACCAUCCAUAUAACGCAUAAUAGAUUUUUGUCUAUGGCCACAGAUCUUAUCUUGGCCUAAAGAGCAGAACAAUCUAUUUAUUGUGGAUUUUUCUUCUUUUUUGAAAAGAAAAGGAUUUUUUCCUCUUCAAAAAGGGAAGCCAUCAUAUUUGUCUCGUUAACAGGCUAUGCUAUAUCAAAGAAAAGAAGAAAAAAAAAAAGAGGGAGGCAAAACACCAUGACAUUUGGUUCUACUUGCAAAGGUUAAGGGUACAUAUUCCUUAUGCUUGGAAUGCCUACCUCUUUGGUUUGAAAGACCAUGAAUGUGUACUUCAUUACUGAAAAUUCUUUUUUUUUUUUGUUUUUUUCCAUUAGAGAUUAUGGCGGAGCUACUUGUCAACUAACGAUGACACAAAAGGGGAAUGGGUUCUUUCUUUUGUUAGGAUCUUAAUGGUUGUUCCUAUAUUAGUACAAUUCAGGCGCUGGAAUCUUUCUCUUUCACUCCAUUUAGCUAAGGAAAAUAAAAGGAACAAAAAGGGAGAGAGGGGAGGAGCCAAUGAGCUUUGUUUUUAAUCUUUUUUCAAGGAAGAUAUUCCUCGAAUGACAAAUGAAUGACCGUUAAUGCAGUUUUCAGUUGUGAACCCACCAGGCAGACAAAGCAAUUGGGCAGGCGACCCUGCGAAAAUUCCAGGAAAGGUACCAAAAGUUGAAUUGCUGGCAUUGGCAUGCCUCUGGGGGUGUAGGCCCCUGAAAUAAGCAUUGCGAUAGAGACCCUUAAAAUUUUUCUGUUAGAGGUCGGCAAGUAGGCACGGUCCUUGGUCCUUUGACACCAAUCAGACAAUACUUUUGGCUGCUUUGCUCUGAC